CGGGAAUAUUAAUGAACAAGAGGAUUUAUGAAAUGUCUAGAACAAGGAUUAGACUUUAAAUACGGGCAAGCCUGUCAACUUGCAAUGGAACAGUGAAGCAUCAAGAAUAUAGAAUUGUCUUAUAGCCGGUAGAGAGAAUCAGACAGUGCAUUUACGUUUUUUGAUUUAUUUUGGCUAUCGCAAAGACAGUUACUAUAUACAAGUAAACUGGUUUCUACGAAUUUGCUGUUUUCAUGGUGCUGGUUGGAGAAAUUGUAGCUGGACUUCAGAAAUGUUCGAGGACUUUGUUUUACUGCACAAAUAGGAAAGGUUUAAAGCUUCUCCAUAGGUUUAAUGUCAACUUUUCUAGUAAAGCAGCCACUGAGAAAUCUGUACCCAAUACACUUGAUGAAUACAAAGAUCAACUCAGAUGCAGUCCAGUUCAACCAAAUGACCCAAGGCUUCUGAAAGUUUCUAUUCUUGGGGAACCUAAUGCUGGAAAGUCAACCCUCACAAACAGCCUUCUUGGAUGGCGGGUGUGCUCUGUAUCAAGGAAAGUUCACACAACAAGACGUAACACAGCAGCAGUUCUUACAGAAGGCAACACACAGAUUGUGUUCUUAGAUACUCCUGGACUGGUAACACCUGAUCAUGGUAAAAAACAUCACCUAGAUUCUACUCUGACUACAGGCCCCAGUAAAUCUGUUCAACAUGCUGACACAAUUUUGGUCGUGGUUGAUGUAUCAAACAAAUGGACGAGGAAUCAUCUUGACCCCGGUAUAUUAAAGCUGCUUCAUCGGUAUCCGAACAAAGACUGUGUGUUAGUGCUAAACAAGAUAGAUUUAUUACAAUCUAAACAGAAACUGUUGGAAGUUUCUCGGUCGUUGACUAUGGGAAAAGUUGGUGGAAAAGACAUGCCUGCAUUUCCAUCAAGGAGGAAAAACCAGAAAAUAUCCCUCAAUUCAUUGUUCAAAGUUACAGAAGAUAAACUAGAAGAAAACAAUAAGGUUGACACCGAAACAGGUUGGCCUAAUUUCUCCAGAGUUUUUAUGAUAUCAGCUUUGGACGGUAAUGGUGUUGCUGACCUGAAAACAUAUUUUUUGGAGACUGCCCAUCCUUCAUCAUGGCUGUACCAUUGCAGUAUGGUGACGGAUCAAAGUCCAUUGGAGGUUGUACAAAUGGCCGUCCGAGAAAAAAUACUAGAAUAUCUACCCAAGGAAAUCCCUUAUAAUCUGAACUUGGACAUAGAAAUGUGGGAAGUCGAUGAUGCUGGUGUCUUGAAGGUUGCAAUGUCGGUAAUCUGUCCACGACGUGGAUUAGUUAAAAUCCUGAUUGGUCACCGGGGAAGGAUGAUUUCCAGGAUUGCUGAAGAAGCAAAACAAGCUGUUGCCAACACCUUUCAUUGUGAUGUUAGUUUGAAGCUUAUUGUUAAAUAUAAGGAAGACCAAUGAUUAUCAUACACUAGGUUCUUGUAUUUUGAAAGUGUUAAAAGUAUUGAUGAUGGUUUUUUUUGUCACGAGUCCAACUA